AUUUGCUGCACUACCAACGGUCACUGCACUUCCGCCGUGCUAACGCUCAGGUCCGCCAUCACAGCUGUGGAGCGAGUCUGAACUGUCCUGGCCAGCAUUCCAUCGGCAUUGGUCUCAGCCUGUGACAGCCAGUGUCCAACUGAUGGCCUGUGUACUCUCCUCAAGCCUUUUCACGCGUGUGUUGGUGAUCAUCUGCAUAAUCCGUUGUGUCAUGGCUUCCGAAAACCCUUACGCCAAGACAUAUUUUUAUCCCGAGAACUUUACACUUGACUGUGAUACUAAUAAAUAUUACGUAAGCGAGACAAUUCAACAACGGUCGUGUACUAUAGACACCGCAUUAUUGACCAACUAUAAAUGCACACAGAAAGGGGGCUCGACUUUACGAUUUGUUACAAAGAAAAAUCAGAAUAGAAUACUUUGCCGUUGCAGUAACUUUGAGGCACCAGACAAAUGUGAGAAUGUAAAAUUAAGUGGAAUUGGCGACAUUCGAUGUAAAGUCAAUGGUAAAAUAAUAGAAUUUACUUGCUAUUUCAACGGAAGUAAAGAAUACCAAAGAGAACAAAUCUAUUGUAUGGCAUCAUGCGAUGCGACAAUCAACAACAAGGUUGUAUCGUGGUUCAUUACAAACUCAACAUGUCCAUUUUACGAAGGACCACCUACCUUAGAACCACCUACCACCGCUGCACCAACAACUACUGCAGCACCACCAGAGAAAGAAUUCCCCAUAUGGGCUGCGGUCGUCAUUGCACUUGGCAUUGCCUUAUUGGUUGCAUUGUUGCUGUUCCUAGUGUGGAGAAAACGUCGGCAGGCCCAACGUCUCGCACAAGAUGCAGAAGGAGGAAAUACCGGAAAUCCAGAGGGAGAAGAAGCUGAAGGAGGAGACAAUGACGCAGAAGAGGAGGAAGCCACAAAUGCCGAAAGCGCCGAAAAGUCAGAAGACGCAGAGGGUGGAGAAGAAGCGCCAGAGGAGCAGUAAAGAACCGGAUUUAUAACAAAACAUCGCAAAAAAACGCUGUGACCAGAAGUGAGGGAGCAACUCCAUCAGCAAAGGAGAACAGAACUUUCAUAAUUACUGAUUUGUUUACACGUACACUUGAUUACGAGUUACCAGCAUGUCGUAAGAGGAUGAUAGCACAGGCAACAACAAAAUCUAGUAUUUAAACAUCAAAGGGUAGGUCUGAGCGAUGUCUUUAUUGUUUAGCUUGGUCUCAGUGAAAACAUCUGUAUUGUUUAGCUAAUGCUCCAUGAUAACAUCUGUAUUGUUUAGCUAAUGCUCCAUGAUAACAUCUGCAUUGUUUAACUACAUCUCAAUGCUAAAGUCUUUAUAGUUUAACUCGAUCUUAGUGGUGGAGAGCGUAGUCUGUUAUUGGAAUACAUCAAUGCCGCAAUUAGUGUCAAAGCAUCACUAAACUUUAGAAAAUGUGACAAGUAAACCUGGAUGCGGAUGAAAGAAAGUUUUUUACAUAGGGUUGUAAGCAAAACAAAGUAAUCCGCAAAAGAAUGCCUUUUGUUAAAAUUGUGAUAUGCGUCAAAAAUCUACAACCGUACCGCUCUGGCUGUAAUCAUAGGGAGGGAAACAUAACUCCUCUAGAAAGGUGAGACAAUAUUCUCACUACUGUACCUGUAUAUCAGUUUUACUGUUAUACUAAUACACUCCUAUUUCAGAGAUACUUGUAUAACUUAAGGUUAUACUAGCAUAUUUAUUAACUAAAGGUACACUGUAUACACAUUCCUGGCUUAUAUAGCCAUACACUAUAUUGUUGAUCAACUCCUGUUAUGCAAUUUACAAAUGACUUCUGUAUACCACACGGCGUAGGCCAGUGUCAGAGAGCUCAAGAGUCUUUGAUAUUAAAGUAUACAGAAAGUCCACAAA